CUUAACAUUAACUUAUCUCUUUUUGCCACGUAUCAAUGAAUAAAGAUAUGCACUGGAUGUAGAGAGAAUCGCAAUCGUAUUAAGUAUUCGAUAUUCACAAUUACACAAAAAACCCCACGAGAUUCAUGUUGCCGAUAUUUUUACUGAAUCUGGAGAUUUUCCAGAUUCUGUUCGCGGCGUUGCUUUUGUUGAAUGUCGCUAUCACAUAGAAUAAAAAAGAACUACCCAACACAUCAUGCAAUUGCGAAGAUAAAAAACGCCUCGAAACAAAUAGUACUUGUCAUGCCGGGCCGCCCAACAUAGCAUUCCAUUGACAUUGUACUUCUUAAGUACGAUACGCAAUGCUAAACAGAUUCGUGCGGAAUAAAGUCGUUUUUUCUGUGUGAUAGUGACACGGACCUACAGACCGCUCACCCAGUUCUACGAUUGGUUUGCAUCCUAGGGGAGUGUCACGUGUGCAAUCGUCAAAAUCAAAUAAAAAGAUAGGAAAUAGUAAUUUGUCAUGCUCCUGUAGCAAAAAACGGCCGCGGCCGCCAGUGGCGUUGGUUCUACUAUGGACCUACGAUGUCUAAUCGGCGCAUGACAGAUUUUUUCAGACACUUGCGCCGAAUUUGUCACGACGUCGGUGUUCGGGGUAAAGAAGUGCUUGCCCUGCUCCCGUCAUGAAAGUCAGUGCCCCCUUUCGUGACGUUGAUCGUGCCGGGACUUCUAAACUCGCUCGGUCUUCCUUACUUUCUCUGCAUCAAUCCUGCACGAAUUUUCUUGCAUCGCGUGGGCUAUUGUGUUUUUGACGAUUUCCCACCUGAGUUUAUUUCCAUACGUUCUCCGGGCUCGAGAUCGCUAACCACCGGGGGUAUGGGCAAACCGCGUGCAAGUUUUAUUUGGUGUUUUCCAGCCCCUUUCUCUCCCCGGCUGCGCACCGAGCCGCCGGUGUGGCAUGGAUGCUCGGACUGCUUGCACUUGCCUGCUUGAACGCUUACGACCUCGCCUCUCCGAGUGCAGCUGGUGGCGCCCCGACGUUGAUGACCAACAUCCCCGCCCACGAGCACUACGACGACGUUGCGGUGCCGCUUUUCGCCGCCGCACUAUGGCUCUUGGUGAUGCUUUGCUACCACCUCUACAUGUCACAGCUGUACUGCGAAGCGCAUGUGGGCGCGCACGUCACGAUGACGAUUCCGCCCACGAUAGUUCAUUGCUUCUUCUACAACUGCAGCAAGGCGCACUGUCUCGUCGCGUUCGCCGCAAAAAAUUCUACUAUCCCGCAGACGACGACGACGACCCCUGCAGAUGAUAGCAUUUAUUCCGUCGCGCUUUCCGAGAUGAGAGCUGAAAAUGUUGGUGAAGAAGAUGUGCAAAAUAACCGAAAAAUCCUGACCUUGUCCGUGGUGUUCGCGUUUCUUAUUAAGUCCAAUCUAUGGCGUUCUCAAACGCUACAUUCUCAACUGUUACAUGAAUUUGUGAUGCAAGAAUGGCAAAACUGAAAGGGGGAAGAUUGCGCCCUUUGCAUGACAGAUUUGGCACAGAUUCUCAUCCUGUUUGUCCCUUCGGGAAUUUGUCAUGCGAAGCAGCUUGGUCGUGUCGAUUCUGAUUGGGAUUUUGCAUCACAAAUCAUGCAACAGUUGAGAAUGUAACGUUUGAGAACGCCAUACAAUCUGCUGCUCGCUUACUGCUGCGCCGGGUUUUCGAAGUUGAAAACCAGCGUGAAGCGCGGACGCUCCUGGAUGGACGGAAGCACGUUGCAGGCUUGUAUUUUUGAAGCGCUGUCCCUGUCGAAAAACGCAGCAAUUCGGGCCAAUAUGCCGGUCGCGCCUGCUCGAGUGGAUGAACUACAAGAAAGAGAAAUAAACUCAGAAGACGGAGCCACGACAAGAAAUGAAACCUCAAGACGACUCAACACUCCAGGAAACACGACAACCUGCUGCAAUGUUCCGAACUACACUUUCGGGGUGCCCACUCCUUUUUCUGAUCGUCUGCAGGAUAUGCCACAGAAAAAAGCUGGCAGGGCAUAAUAUUUCUAUUUGUAAUGCAAAAAUAAAUUUAUUUUUGCAUUUCCUGGUUGACCAGUUGGUAUGGUCGACUAUAGGUGCCACCCUCGUUUCUCACCUCCAGGGGCCCUGGGCACCUCACCAUUGAUGUUUCACUUGGUGGAAGAUGACAGGGCUCUACGAGCUAUUACGGGUGUCUAUUGUCUAUUUAUUUUUGCAUUACAAAUAUGACCUGCCAGUUUUUUUCUGUGUGAUACAGGAAUGGAUUCUGGACAAAGUGCUCCUGUUGCGACUCGCAUCCGUUAUUUCAGUCUGGUUCGAAUUCCUGGCACCACUCAUCUUGCUGCCGAACUUCUUCUUUUGGGUGAUCGAUGUCUCUACUUCGCCGCUACUUCUCCCUGAAGACGAACCAUCGCAAAGUAGUCCUGCUCUGCCCCAUGAGGAAAUGACAACAGAAGUGCCUGUUCUUCUGCUUCUCAAUUACGGAUUCUUCGUCUGUGGCUUGCUCUUUCAUUACGGCAUCGCUCUAUUACAGAAUGUGGACUUCGUUUCUUGGUGGGCACCCGUGUACUUUAUUUUGCUGACGGACCCCGCCCUACGGCUCUAUUACGCUACAACGGAAUUGGGAGCACCGUUUCCGCACAUCUUUGACGCCAUCGUCGCUGCACUUCAGAUUUCUCCGGUAAUGCUGUCUUGUGUAGUUUUUCAUAAAAUCGCGCUAUUGGUUGAACGUUUUUGCUCAUUUUGGCCUUGUCCUGCAUUUAGAUUCUCAUCUCUGUCUCUCUUGCUUCCAAUAUUAUAGCAAUACAAUACUCCAUCGCAGCUAUUGGAAGCCAUUUGUUGCUGUCCACGACCGUCAUAUUACACCAAAAAUCAUGACAGGUGUUUACCUCACUGAGCCUCUUGUACUUUCUGACGCACGUGAUUGCGGCGGCCUGCAUCCAGAGUGGGUAUUUGCACCCGGGGAACGAGUAUCUUCCGUAUUCGGGCUACGCCAUGUUUUCGGAAAUUAAGGAUCUUUUUGACGGAGCGUACCGUAAAGCGUUUUGGCUUACUGAGAAGGAACAUCUCACUAUUGUAGGGAAAAAUCCCCCCUCCCCAUGCUGAAAGUGUAUGCUUGUAAAAAUUUGUGAUCCUGAUUUGUGGCCACAGAUCCUGUCUCUCGUGCAAGAGAGCAAAUCCGAUGAAUCCACCGCCGACUUACGCAGGCGCUUUGUAAUGCUGUUGCGCCUACAUCACAUGGCAAGCCUCUGCUAUGCUGAGCACCUACACCGAAACGCCCCUGCGCAGGCUUAGGCUUUGCCUGCAGUGCCUCGCUGCAAAACAGAGCGUCCACAAAUCCAGCAGCGGAGAUCUCCGCUGCAAUAUGGAGAGGGGGGAUUUUUCACUUUGAUACUCACCGGCACCCUGAAGAAUUACUGCUUCCCGCUGCUCGGGCGCCGGCCCAUCGUGACCGAGGAAGAGGUUCUUCGUUUGUAUAACCUGCUCAGCUGUUACAACCUCAAACGUUACAAUAGAAUAUGGCAAUCUGUGACGCAAGAGUGCAUGACCUAGCCUACUCCCACAGGAUUGCGCAUGACAAGUUCUGGAGGCCCAAUCCGCACUAGAAUCUGGCGAAAUUUGUAUUGCAAAAGGUGGAACGCUGUGCGAGUCUGUCAUGCCCAUCAUGCAACACAAAUUCCAGAUUCUAUUGUAACGUUUGAGAUUGUAACAUCUGAGAGGGUUAUAGUUUGCCUUUUCGGUACAUGGUAGUUGCGCACAACGGGCUGAAACCACGAGAACAAGCACCACUCCCGCGAGAAAUAGAAGCAGGGUCUCUUGCUCCUGCUCAAGAAAUAAAACUCAACGACACGUCGAAACCACGGCCGAACGAUCAUUUUUCGCAAAAUUAUUACCUCUCAGGCGACACAUCGGUAUCGAAAAGUAACGGUCUGCGUUCUUUGCAUAGCGGUUUUGGUGACGCCGCAUCGGCCAGGUUUGACGACCGAGGGAGUUGUUUGAAGGAAAAGCUACUUCUGCGCACAUCACCGACAGCACGAGAAGCGUUCUUAGAGCCCAGCACAGUGGAUGACCUCGUGGCCGAACCUUUGCGCGUGGUCACCAACGUGGAACUCACGCCCGAAAUGGAAGUGCUGCUCGCAAAAAUCAAUCUGCUCGGCUGCCUCGGCAAGGAUAAGUUCCGAGACGCCAAGAACGUUCGCCAGCUGUUGCGGCUCUUCGAACAGUUGCGGCACCACUUUCUCCGCGCGGACCGAAAAUCGCGUCUCGGCACAAAAGCGAGAAAUAACCGAGUUUGAAGUUGUCCUUGAUGUCCUUCGAAACAGGCCGAUUCUGCAUCGUCGUGAUCGCUUGGAAACAGCACCACGAAUUGUAAGUACUGAAGUAGUACAUAGCUGCGCAUACUCGUGCUUUUUGUUGUACGCAUUUCCAUUUUCAUAAUUUUGAUUUUGCUGGCCUAGCGGCACAGGAAAUAACUAGCUUCCUGCAACUUACUAUACGGACAUUUGUUCAAACUUCAUGUCUCCGAAAUAAACUUUAUGUAAAUCAAUGGAUUGUUUGAAUCAUGUCCAUCGCGACGUGUUGGUGUUUGCUUAUGCUUGAUUAAAGAUUUCCUCCGCGUACGCAAACGCACUGUCACCCUGAAG